GCCACGUAUUUAACGGUAGGCCUAUAUGCUCGGCCUCGAGUACCCUGAUGGGUGAUAAAUCAUCUACCCAGUUUAACUGUUACACGUCCACGAUUUGUUGUUUUCUUCGCGUCGUGUGAAAAGCACUCGUGAUUCAAACCAGGAAACACUGGAUGAUUUUUUAAAAUUCCGGGUUUUUGCGAGACGGAAAUAGUACAAUGAUUGACGGAAAUGUUCUGACCCAUCUUCGGUGGAUUCACUGGUUUGCCAGUGUGUCUUCAAGACACCAGGUUUUGUGUUAAAUACGUUAGGAUUCCGCAUUCUCAGGGAGGGCUCGACUGACCACGUCGCGAGAAUGGCCCCGAGUGUCAUCACCCUCGGCCUGGCAAGGGCGGGGACAAAGCAUACAUCCCGGGCAAACGAGCCGGGACAGAACAAGUUCAAAGCGAGAUCUGCUAUGACUCAACUGAUGUGUGGCAUCUACUGCAUGAUGACCUGCGUGUUUGGAGCAGUCUUCCCGAUCAGUGACGCACUGGCCCAGACGACAGAAGGCCACCACCUGUACUACACUGAGGUAUUCCACUGCUACAUGUACGGUCUGGGCGUCAUUGCCUACAUAUAUUUCCUCUUGCUUAUCGUGAUGCAACGACGAAUGCUGAGAGCAUCCGGGAAGUUGGAGGACAUUGAACUGGAUGUCAUUGCCGGAAUGCAAUCAGUAUCAGCCACUCGAAGGCGAGGGGGUUGUGAUUUUAGCGACCAGAGAUCGGAAAUGGCUGCCGCGGCGCGGCUUCUGGCCGAGAGGGAAUUGAAGCAGGCCCACGAUAAAGAGAUGGAAGACUUAGAAAAAGAGGCCAAUGUGACGUAUGAAGCAGAGGGGGUUAAUUUCUACUUGCGUCUAGGUGCAAUGGGGUUUGGAGUGGGUGGAAUGGUCCAGUCUGGUUUCAGAAUCUCCGAACCAUUUGAGAACCCGUAUGCGAUGAAUUGUCGAAGUAUCCUUUUCCUGCUGAAUGCAGCAUUGUAUCUUGUUUUCGUGUUCCUGCAGACCUUCUUUAUUUUCAAGUAUCACAAGGUUGUCGUUCACAAGCACAAGGCUUUUGUUCGUUUCUGUCUGAUGCAUAUUCUUGCCGCAAACCUGUCCGUCUGGUUGUCGACCACCACUCACGAAACUGCUGAAGACAUUGGACGGAUGUCUGCGAAGUCGGUUUCAGGGACACAAGCAGCUUUUAUGAAUUACACGACCGCUGGAGCGAAGUUGUGGCGAUACGAACAGGUCGGAAUGAAUUCCAGUGCUACUAACCUAUCCUUGGACAUUUCCGACCAAGAUACCGGUAAUGUAAACCACAUAAAUGACAUGCUGAAAUGCCAUCAGUCGCAAACUCUCUCCGAUCGAAGCGCUCCCUACCUCUUUCCCUGUCUGAUCGAAUACAGCCUCAUAGGCGCUGCGGUGGCGUACAGGACAUUCCUGAACGUCGGAAAGACUGUCGCAAAGGAUGAUUCUAACGACUCAGACAAGGAUGCAGUACAGUUUUCAGAACCUGUCGAAUGCCACAAAUCAAACAGGGGUCUCUUUCUUGGUCUUUUGAUGAUACUUGUGACAUUUGUGAGCGUGGCACUUUUCUACGUAUUCGAAGAGGAUAACCGGAAGGAUGUCUCUGCGACAAUUUUUUUAUCCUCGGAAUUAUUUUUGUUUGCGAUUAGUAUUAUUUCAUGUAUUAUUGGAAUGUGUUACACAAGAAGAUUGGCGUAUGUCGGACUGUUAGACGAAGACUUUUUCGAUGAUAAAUUGCUGCUCAUCGCUCAGAUUGGUAUUUUUCUUCUGUGCACAUGCGUCUCGAUAUCGUCUGCGACUGCGCUCGUUCAAAACAUUGAUAAUGGCAUCAUGACACUUCCGGCGAUGUACCUCGGCAUGGCAUUGUUCAACUUCAUCCAAUCAUCGAUCCAGACUGUUUUUAUUCUGGACGGUCUGCGUCGUUGCGCGGCAACGAAUGACCACAUGACUCAAAAACCGGGCAGGGCUGUGAUCACGUUUCUUCUCGUUUGUAAUCUCGCUAUGUGGACUGUUAACACUUUCGAGACUAAAUCAGCCGAAGUUGUGGACAUCCACGUAGAUUUCUUCCGUUAUUUGCCGUGGUCUAUAAUCAUGCAUUUGUGUUUUCCAUUGGUUAUUUUCUACAGAUUUCACUCCAGUGUGUGUUUGAGUGCUAUUUGGCAUACGGCGUAUGUAAAAAGAAACAUUGAGGACUACGGUCAGCAGAUAAAUAGUGUCGUCCCGGCGAUUCGACUUGAGGAGUGCCCCCAGGGAAGCGAAUCGGGGUGCUCAACUCCACCCUAUCGGGGUCGAAAACAGGCGACGUAUCUGUCUCUGGAUGCAGCAUAAUCACUCUUUCCAUCUCAUGAUCUAUAUCAUCGGGGGAAAUAACGUCAUUUCCUCUUGCCGUUAUUUCCAACCCAAGCCUGUGAAUUUUGUACUCCAGAAUAAAAGUGGCGUUAACUCUACGGGAAAUUGUCGAGUCUGGCAAUUUGAACUGCUACUAUAUAAAAAUUUGAUUAUGAUGACCGGGAAGAUAUUCUUGUGAGAUGUCGAGCCGCGAUUUGGAGCAGCUAAGCAGGAGUCGCGUAGUUUGCAGUUUAUCUUAUCACACACCCCACAUUUCCCUUGUACCGUAUACUCUAACCAUAAUUCAUGCAGUCUAUUCUAUCCCACCGGCGCGGUAACACUACUCAUCAUUUCCGUUAUGCCGUAUGUGACCAUAAUUCAUGCAGUCUAUUCUAUCCAACCGCCGCUACCCUCAUCAUUUCCGUUAGACUCACAAUUUGCCCAACGAGAAUAAACAAAGUUUUC